AUUCAAUGUUGUGUUAUUUGUUAUUUCAAUAAAAGAGUUUGGUGCCAAAUCCAGUCAGCUCGAUUCUUUAUUACUUGUCAACUUAUUAGUCAGUCAGCCCGUCAUUCUGUCAAAAAUAUCAAUGCGUCAGGCACGCCGAAUCCCCGUUUUCUUUUCAUGAAAAAACAGCAGCCAUGAAGGCGAAAGGAGAGCUUAAAGAAUAUGAAGUCAUCGGCCGCAAGUUGCCUUCUGACAAAGAAACAAACCCUCCGCUGUACAAAAUGCGAAUCUUCGCCCCAGAUCCGAUCGUAGCUAAGUCGCGGUUCUGGUACUUUUUGCGGCAAUUGAAGAAGUUCAAGAAGUCCACUGGCGAGAUUGUCUCCUUGAAGCCAAUACCAGAAAAAUCCCCAAUGAAAAUCAAGAACUUUGGUAUAUGGCUGAGGUACGAUUCUCGAUCUGGCACACACAACAUGUACAGAGAGUAUAGGGAUCUCAGUGUGUCUGGAGCUGUCACUAGAUGUUAUAGAGACAUGGGGGCCCGUCAUCGUGCUAGGGCUCAUUCUAUUCAGGUAAUCAAAGUGGAACAGGUGAAAGCAGCAGAUACCAGGAGGCCACAAGUGAAGCAGUUCCAUGAUUCCAAGAUACGUUUCCCAUUGCCAAAACGUAUUCAACACAAGAGCAUGAACCGCUUCUCUGUGCGCAAGCCAAGGACAUACUUCUUGUAAUUUGAAUAAAUGGACACAAUUCAUAUAAAUAAAAGUAUUUAUAGUUAAGGUUAUAUUUAUUUCAAUGUAGCUUCUGAAACAUCCU